GAUAAAAAUAAUAAAUAUGAGUGGUGCCGGCUAAGGCGGCAUUUUCCUUUCCUUUCUCAGCGAGAGUGCGACUCAUACUCAACAACGUCUUCUUCAACACCUAAGAUUUUGUGCUAGAAAAAGAGAAAGAGGAUAAUGAGUGGAGAAGGAAAGGUGGUGUGUGUGACAGGUGCUUCUGGUUAUAUCGCUUCAUGGAUUGUCAAGUUCCUCCUCCAACGUCGUUACACCGUCAGAGCCACUGUUCGUGACUUGGCAGGUAAUCCCAAAAAGGUUGACCACUUGAUUAAACUUGAUGGUGCAAAGGAGAGGUUGCAACUUUUUAAGGCUGAUCUUUUGGAACAAGGCAGUCUUGACUCUGCUAUUGAAGGAUGUGAUGGUGUGUUUCAUACUGCUUCACCUGUUCGUUUUGUCGUAGACGACCCACAGGCUGAGUUGAUUGAUCCGGCGGUGAAGGGAACUCUUAAUGUUCUUAAAUCAUGUGCCAAAUCACCAUCUGUGAAACGAGUUGUGUUUACUUCUUCUGUUGCUGCAGUUGCAUUAAACACAAGGCCGAAGAAUGCCGAAGUUAUAGUUGAUGAGACAUGGUUUUCAGAUCCAGAUUUCUGUAGGGAAUCACAGUUAUGGUACACACUUUCAAAGACAUUGGCUGAGGCUGCUGCAUGGGAAUUUGCAAAUGAAAACAAUAUUGACAUGGUUGUUAUCAACCCAACAAUGGUUGCAGGACCUCUCUUGCAACCCGAGGUUAACGAAAGUGUUCAACCAAUUCUAAACCUAAUCAAUGGUAUAGCUUUUCCAAAUUAUGCUUUUGGAUGGGUGAAUGUGAAAGAUGUUGCGAAAGCCCAUAUUCACGCAUAUGAGAUUGCUUCAGCUAGUGGAAGAUAUUGUUUGUCUGAGAGAAUGAUACACUGCUCAGAACUUGCUAAGAUUCUACGUGAUCUGUAUCCAACAUUACAAAUUUCAGACAAGUGUGAGAAUGAAGAGACAUAUAUGACAACGUAUCAGAUUUCCAAAGAAAAAGCUAAAAUCUUGGGAAUCGAGUUUACUCCUUUGGAAGUCAGCCUCAAGGAGACUGUGGAAAGCUUCAGGGAGAAAAAAAUUGUCGACUUUUAAUCAGUCUCAACAUCCCACUUAAUCAAUGAAGAAAUGAAAAGAUGUUAGUGUCAUUUGAUCUAUGAUGUGGAAGUGAAUCCCAUCUAGCAGAAUAACACUUAUGAUUGUUGUUGCUGAAUAGAAGUUUGUUGUUGUUGGAUAAAAGUUCACUUUUGUAUUAUUAUAAAUUCUGUUAUAAGAAAAAUUUGUUAUUUA